GAAGAAAGCAGCACAGCAACAUUAAUCUUUGGCCGAUGCGGGGAAGCUGGAAGGUCUUCCUAGCUCUUUAAGCCAUUCACUGGUACACUGAGACUGUCCAGCCUUGAGAUCUGCUGCAGGCAGCGGGCUUGUCUGCAAGCAAUGCCGAAUUUUGUAACCUGGGCUUCAAGAACCACUGCAAUCAUGUUUCACUAGCACCAUUCUUGUCGCACUCCAUUUGGUCUGGCAUUGUAUACUUUUGGGGCCUGUGGCUGAUAUACCACCAAAUCGAUCUGUAAAUCCCGAACGGAUGGGAAAAAGCAAGGGGAGCCGGUCCCCGAAACCAGAGGGGAGCCCACGAAUGGUGGCGCCACCUGGUGGUACAGCUGGCAAUGUCUCUGCCCCAGGCCUAGUUGGCCAUUCUUUUGAGGUGGCGAUCAUUGGCACUGCUCCCCGGGGUCCAACCAAUGGCCCGGCGCGCAUCUACUUAUCGCCCACGCUCAUGAUGGCUGAGGCGGUCGGCACUGGAGACUUGCUGGCGGUUGGUCUGCUGGGAUCGGAAGGAGGGCUUGUCAAUCUUACCGCGUUACAUCAGCUGACAAGCGGACAGAGCGCCAGCAGCUGUGGGGACUUUUUCACACUGGUCGAUGCAUGGCCGUCGCCCAAGCUGCCCCGAGACGCCGCCCGCCUCUCCCCUCCCCUCGCGGACUCCUUGGCCCAGCCCCCGGGAGGCUCCGUUUUGUGCCUGUUCCCCCUUCAAAAAGUCGACACCCUCAGCGGCCCCGACACGCAGAGCGUUUCGGGUCCAAAAUCGACGGCUGUGCAAUCGAACAUUCGGGCAAAGUUUCGAAUGGAGCGGUGUUCGAACCUCCAGUUGCGAUGGUGCCCUCCUCAAUCGACUGAUCACACCGAACCUCUGCCGCUGCCUCUUUCGCCCCUGACACCCCCUAGCAAAGGCACCCCUCCAAGCCGGCCAGGGAUCCCCCUCGACACGCAAUCUCCUCAGAGCCCGCAGACUCCUAACCCACACCCUCAAACCCCAGGUUUACAAGCCCAAAAUCCCCUAACCCCAACUCCGCAAACCCCCCGGGGGAGGCGGCCGCCCCAGGCCAGCCCAGCGACCCCAAAAGGGCGCAAUGUUUCCAGGGGGUCUGCGUCCCCUUCGCCGUCCCCCCUGAAACGAAACCAGGAGGAGCAGCCACCCCCCAGAAUGACGGAGGGGCAGCGCGCUGCGGUGACGUCACUGUUGGGAGACGCGAAAGGGAGGGGUGUCGUGGAGACGUUCGCGGCACGGUGGUUGGCGGGAAGACAUCUGGUUGAGGGCAACCACGUGAUCAUCCCCCUCUGCGGGUUCAACUGCACCUUCCAAGUUCUCUGUCCCACCGCCUCAGAAGCUGCCACGUCAACUCCCCCCGAAGAACCCUCUUUCUCUUUUCGCCCCCCCGAAACGAACCCGCCUCUCCCGUCCGCUUCUGUACCGCCACUGGUCGCGUUCUCAGUGGUUGGCGCCACAAAAGUUUCGUUUUUGGAACCGACGGAAAGCGAACUGGACGCACAAACUAGAGGAGAGGAAAAGGCCAGGUUGGAGAACGCCGAGAAUUUGGAAGUGGGCGAAGCGAUCGAGAAGGAAAGGGUGGGGUAUUCCGAACUAGGGGGGGUAGGGGAGCAGAUCAAGGCGCUGCGAGAGCUGGUGGAAUUGCCCCUACGGCGCCCGGAGAUGUUCAGAAGGUACGGUAUCCGACCUCCACGUGGCGUCCUUCUAUACGGCCCCCCGGGCACCGGGAAGACGCUCCUUGCCCGGGCGGCCGCGAUCGAAUCUGGAGCGUCGAUGUUCGUCAUCAACGGCCCAGAGAUCGUCAGCGCGCACUACGGAGAGAGUGAGGAAGCGCUGAGGGACGUCUUUGCCGCAGCAGAGAAGGCCGCGCCGUCGGUUAUCUUCAUCGACGAGCUAGACGCAAUCGCCCCCGCUCGGGAAACAGGCACCGAGGACAUGGCCCAGAGAAUGGUCGCCGCUCUGCUCACACUUUUAGACGGAGGAAGCGGCAAUUUCAACCGGGUGAUAGUGAUCGCGGCGACCAAUCGCCCGGAGUCUAUUGACCCCGCGCUCAGGCGCCCGGGGCGCUUUGACCGGGAACUCGAAAUCGGCGUCCCGACCCCCAAGGGCCGCCUCGAGAUUCUUCACACCCUGCUCCGCGGCAAGCGCCACAGCCUGCGCCCCUCCGAUGUGAAUACGCUCGCGGCUGCUACGCACGGGUUCGUGGGUGCUGACCUGGCGGCGCUUUGCAACGAGGCCGCAUUAAAUGCGCUGAGGCGAAUCAUUGGCGCGCGCGUGCAAAGCGCGCAAUCUGCCGGUCCGCGGGAUGCGGACGUACGGAGGACUGACGUGAAAAGGGACGAAGGUCUGCGAGCGGAAGGGAAAUGUAGGAUUGAGAGUGCGAAAGGGGAGGUAGGAGGCGGGAAUAGAUCAGGGGAGGGCACUUUUGGAGAGCUUUUGGACAGUGUACAAACGAGCGGCCGAGCGGAAGAUACAGAAAGUAAAAGUAAACAAACUCUGGAAAACAACAUCGGGGCAACUAGUAGUGGUGAAAGCUCGGGAGCGCGGAACGGGCAGGUUCAGUCAGGUUCGGACAACGGGUUAGAGAGUGACGUGACGGCACGAUUGUCGUCUCUCGGACUCGAAGACCCAAGUCAGAACGGGGAUAGCGCGGGCCUAGCAGUGGAUUCGUUGCCCGGUCCGACCUCCCGGUUGCAAUCAAACCCUCUAAUCCUCCCCGACUAUCCAGAUCGUCAAAUUCAGCGGGACUCUGACAGCCUGAAACAGCUGCCGAGCCCCUCUAGUGAGCCCGCCAGUGCUUCACGCACCCCUUCAACCUCUGCAGAAACACCCAUCAGCCACAACCCCUCCAAUUCUCUGUUCGCUUCGUCAACCGAAAACCCUCCAAGCUCCGCAAACCCCCCGGAACCCCGAAACUUUUCCAAACCCCCCUGCAUAACCCUAGCCGACUUCGAAGCCGCCCAAACCAAGAUCCGCCCCAGCGCGAUGCGCGAGGUCAUGAUCGAAGUGCCACGUGUCCGGUGGGCGGACAUCGGCGGCCAAAAGGCGACCAAGCAGAAGCUGCAGGAGACUGUGGAGUGGCCGCAAAAGCACCCGGAGGCCUUCUCUCGGGUGGGCGCGCAGGCGCCACGUGGCGUGCUGCUGUACGGGCCCCCUGGGUGCAGCAAAACGCUCAUGGCCAGGGCCGUCGCAACUGAGGCCGGGCUCAACUUUUUGGCCGUCAAGGGCCCCGAGCUCUUCUCCAAGUGGGUCGGCGAGUCCGAAAAGGCUGUGCGCGCGCUUUUCGCGCGGGCACGCGCCUCCUCGCCGUCGAUCAUAUUCUUCGACGAGAUCGACGGCUUAGCCGCGACCCGGGACGACGGAUCCACGGACGGCGGAACCGGGGUUAGCGAGCGGGUUAUGAGCCAGUUACUGACGGAACUAGACGGGUUAAGCCCGCUUGCGGGGGUGGCGAUUAUCGGGGCGACAAACCGACCAGAUAUAAUUGAUCCCGCGUUGUUACGGCCCGGCAGAUUCGACCGGAUGCUCUUUGUGAGUCCGCCGGACUGCAAAGCGAGGGAGCAGAUUUUUGGGAUCUGCCUGCGGGCGACCCCCUGCGAUGCCGGCGUCCGGGUCGAGGACCUGGCGGAACGGACGGAAAAGUACACGGGCGCGGACAUCGCGGCGGUGUGCCGGGAGGCGGCGCUGGCGGCUCUCGAGGAGGACCUAUCGGCGACUAGCGUGAAGCCACGUCAUUUUGACGCCGCGCUAAAGACCGUCGGCCCGAGCAUCUCCCCACACGACGAGACCUUCUACGCAAGCUUCCAGCGGGGAUAAGCGACGACGCGGGUGCAUAUACGAGCUGCGGGCCAGGAUAAGCGAUGCGAUCGUUCAUGCCUUUGCGAGAGAGCGCACUCUGCACAAUGCGCAGUUUCCGUUGGUGAACGAGGCUUCAGAAAUCAAUGCUCGCGUCGAUCUCCGUCUUUUGCUCUUGAAGCGCAAGAGGAAGAGGACAAGACCGCAUUUGAGGAGUGGCUUUAACAGCAAGCACUGCCAAAGACCGCAUAACUUCAUUCUGAAUAUGCUCAGUCAAAGCGACGGUCAGAUGCAUAGGAUUGCGGCCUGCCGGUCGAGCGG